CUAAUCAACGAGCAAGCGAUGGAGUGCCGGUGUUUGUGGGUCUUUCAUCUUCUGCUGAUUUAUGGCUUAAAUUUAGGCGGUGCAUCAGCCCAAAAGUGGAAGAAAACCCGCGAUCGUGUUUCUGCAGCGGUCGGGAGCUACGUCUCGUGUAGCUCUGUCAACUGCAGCUGUCAUCUGAGCGUUCUCCAACAGGACUUGCAGCCUUUCAGAGGUGGGAUCUCAGAAAGCCUCAUGGCUUCCACGGUUCAGCGAGGCAUGGGCACCCACUACCAGAUCAUCCAACACAAGCUGUACAGAGAGCAGAACUGCAUGUUCCCUGCAAGGUGCAGCGGCGUGGAGCAUUUCAUCCUGGAGGUGAUUGACCGUCUGCCGGACCUGGAGAUGGUGGUAAACGUGAGGGAUUACCCUCAGGUGCCGAACUGGAUGAGCCCCGCCCUGCCGGUCCUCUCUUUCAGUAAGACUGCCGAGUACCAGGACAUCAUGUAUCCCGCUUGGACGUUUUGGGAAGGUGGCCCCGCUGUGUGGCCCAUAUACCCCACCGGACUGGGGAGGUGGGACCUGAUGAGGACGGAUCUUAAAAAGUCUGCAGCUCAAUGGCCCUGGAAAAAAAAGGAGCCCAAAGGAUUCUUCAGAGGCUCCAGAACCAGCUCGGAGCGCGAUCCGCUCAUCCUCCUGUCCAGAGAGGAUCCAGAGCUGGUGGAUGCAGAGUACACCAAGAACCAGGCCUGGAAGUCAGAGAAGGAUACACUGGGAAGACCUCCAGCUGCAGAGAUCCCCCUGUUGGAUCACUGCAAAUACAAAUAUUUGUUCAACUUUCGCGGCGUGGCGGCCAGCUUCCGCCUCAAACACCUCUUCCUCUGCGGCUCCCUGGUCUUCCACGUCGGGGAAGAGUGGCAGGAGUUCUUCUACCCUCAGCUCAAGCCGUGGGUCCACUACAUCCCAGUCAAGCAGGAUCUGUCAGACGUUCGAGGACUUUUACAGUUCGUCAAAGAGAACGAUGAUGUGGCACAAGAAAUCGCAGAGAGAGGUCAGGAGUUCAUCCUCCAGCACCUCCGCAUGGAAGACGUCUCUUGUUACUGGGAGCAACUGCUGACCAACUUCAGCCACCUUCUUACCUACAGACCCAGCAGAAGGAAAAACUACAGUCAGAUCGUCCACAAAUCGCGGAAAACUGAGCUGUGAGGAAGAAACUCAGACGAACCGGGGGCAGCUUAGGCGGGAGACGGAUGAAUGUAACCGCCACUGUUUUUAUUUCCCAAAACUCUAUGUUCAGGAUCUUUUUCGUUAGUUUUGUUUAGUUUUUUUUAAAUAACUGUAUUCGUUGAUGAAACUUUGUUUGUCUGAUUAUCUUUGACUUUUUUUCCCUGCAGUUCCUUUGUCUGUAAACCUCUUUUUUUGUUUUUAAAGCUUAAAUUCUCAUCCCAUAUGUUUUUCCUAAUUAUCAAACCAGUAGAACUUGAUUUAUUUUGGUUUUACACUUAAUAAAGAAACGUUUAAAUGAAUCAUA